CGUGCUCAAUAUGGUUUGCUUCUAUCAAAACUGUAUUCAAUCUUUUUUUAUAUUUUAUUUAUUUUGUUGAUUUGACUGAUUUUUACUUUUUAUACAUAUUUAUUCACAUUGAGUGUUAACUAUCAUGAGUUGUUACCUUGAUGAUCAAAUUGAUGAGCUUCAGGCGCUGGAGGCAAUAUAUCCAAAUGAAUUGGAAGUCAUUUCCAAUAAACCUCCAAUAAAGUUCAGUGUCUUUCUUAAUGUCCAAUCAGAGGAUCAUGAGGAAUAUCAAGUUAAGCUAGUUUUCGAACUCGGAGAAAAUUACCCAGAAGAAGGUCCAAUCAUAGAAGUCGAUGAAUUCGGUGGAAGUUUUGAGGACCAAGAUAGAGAUGAGUUGAUGGAAAUGUUGGACAUUGAAGUCGCUAACAAUUUAGGAAUGGUCAUGGUGUUUACUCUAGUUUCAACUGCCAAUGAAUGGUUACAAAAGAGAUGUGAUUCACUAAAGAAAAGACGAAUUGAAGAAGCCGAACGCAAAAGACUGGAAGCAGAAGCUGAAGAGAUGAGACGCUUUGAAGGAACGAAAGUUACAGUUGAAUCAUUUUUAGCUUGGAAACGUGAAUUUGACGCAGAAAUGGCUGCUUUAGAGAAAACUCAAGUUAAGUUAGAAGGAUCAAAUAAAAAAUUGACCGGUAGAGAGCUGUUUGAAAAAGAUAAGAGCUUAAUUGAAUCAGAUCUUAAAUUCUUGGAGGAAGAGGGUGGUGAAGCAGCAGUUGCAUGCGUUGAUGUUAAAGUUGAUGAAUCACUAUUUCAAGACGUUGAAGAUUUGGAUAUUGAUGAUGUAGAAGACGAAUAAUCCAAAUUUUUGCUCAAUCGCGGCUUAUUAAAUUUGUAACAUAACUUAAUUUGGAAAUUCGAACUUUUCUUUUCAUAUAAAAUUGCACCGAAACCGAAA